GCAGCGCGGGUGGCGUGACGGCGCAUGGCUCGGUCCCGGCCGGCCGGCAGUUUCACCUCAUCCCAGGGCGACGGUCAGCCGCUGCCGCGCGUACUUCCGGCGCGCUGCAUUGUGGGCAGUGGAGGGGAGUGGGAGGUGGUGGCGCAUGCGCGGUGUUUGGGUCGCGGUGGCGGAUCGACGACCGGGCGCUUGGAACUGGUGCUGGAAGCUGCAGAAAUGACUAACCGGGAAGAAGCUGAGAUUCAAAUAUCAGAGUUAGAUUUACUCUCUAGCAUGUUUCCGUAUGAGGAAGAGUUCACUGUGACUGACCAGCUGGCUGUGGCAGAACUAAAGCACUUUGUUGAAAAUGAGUCUGCAGAGAUGCCAUCUUCAAAAGUUCAGUUUAUACUGAACGUAAAGUCAGAGGACCCGAGUGCCUCUAUGGUAGAAUUUUCUAUGGUCUGUGCCUUACCAUUUAAAUAUCCGUCUGUUCUACCAGAAAUUACUGUGAGGUCACCAUUAUUAAGCCGCUCUCAGCAAGUCCAGCUGAACUCGGAUCUAAAAACAUAUUUGAUGCAGAACUGCAGUGGUGAGCCUUGUGUUUUGAGUGCCAGAGAAUGGGUUAAAGACCAGGCAGCUGCUUACAUUGACAGAGAACUUUCACCUUCCUCAGUGACGCCAUCAAAUGCUGUGCAGUCAGAGGACGUCGUUUUCACUAGAUUGUGGAUCUACAGUCACCAUAUUUACAACAAGCAAAAAAGAAAGAAUAUUAUAGAAUGGUCCAAGGAACUCUCUCUGACAGGGUUUUGCAUGCCAGGGAAACCAGGUGUUGUUUGUGUGGAAGGUCUACAAAGUAGUUGUGAAGAGUUCUGGUCAAGAAUAAGAAGAUUAACAUGGAAAAGAAUACUAAUUCGGCACAGAGAAGAUAUUUCUUUGGAAGGUGGAUGUCUUGCUGAGAUUCAGAAACAAAGAAAGUUCUCUACUUUGGAAGAAAAAUGUUUCGACGCACAUGGUGCUAGAGGAAAUCAUAUGGACUUGGGGCAGCUGUAUCAGUUUUUAGAAGAAAAAGGAUGUGCUGACAUUUUUCAAAUGUACUUUGGGGUUGAGGGGCAUUAAAUCACCACAGCUUCAACUGCCUACAUUUCUAAGUUAAUCCUCAUAACAAAUCAGUUAGCUUUUCUGCAACAGUUGAUCAGAGAGGAAAUUAGUGAUUCUUGCUUAAUACGAUGAAUCCAGUUUUCUAUGAAAACAAGUAUUCAGUGGCAACAGAAUAAUGAAAAUGACUGAAUGAAUGGACACCUGGAUGCUUUCCUGUGCGACCUGCUGUAGGGAACUGCUUUAGCAGGGGUUUGGACUCAAUCAUCUCCAGAAGUCCCUUCCGACCGCUACAAUUCUGUGAUUCUAUGAAUGCGUUAUUACAGCUGCUGGUUUUAAGGACCUUCGGGUACACACCAAAUUACAAAGAAUGAAAAUAUGUUUAGUAGCCUAGUGGGUAGAAUUACAGAAUGUGGCAUUGUGGUGAGUGAAUACGUGAAUAGGAAGAAGAGAAAAAGGUGUGUGCGUUGGAGGAGAAGAAAUAUGAUGUUUACAUGAUUUAUUACUGUUCUUGUGAGCUAUACUGAGACUUUUUCCAAUAACGUUUUCUUCUGCUUUCCACACAGAAGUUUAUGAAGCCAUGAGAUUAAUAUAUUUUUCUUAAAAAAAAAAAAAAAUAAGAGCAGACUCAGAAAAGCCUUAUUUAUGCAGGUACGAUGAGCUUGUAUGUCUUUU